AUGGCUACUCUCGUGUCAAAACAGAUUGCUGUAAUUGUCAGCUUCGUGAUCUUGAAUUUACUGGCAAUAAUCGCCAUGGGAAUUCGGUUUUAUUCGAUCAGAGUUGUUCGCCGGCAGAUCAAACGGCAUGACAUCCUCUGCAUUGUGUCGCUGGUCAUGCUUUUUGCAUACAGUAUCGAUCUUCUUGUCGCCACGGUAGAUGGCGGAAUCGGUCUCCACGUUACUCAGGUGUCUCUCCCUACAAUGGAGGUUGGGUUAAAGACAUUCACCACCAAAGGUUUCCGCUGGUCUGCGUAUGCUGUGAUGGUCGCUGUUUGCCUUUUUUUCAUCGCCAGUAUCACUACGACAUUGCGACUGUGUCGGCCAAUUGCGUCGAAUUGGAACAAGAGCAUCCCAAGCCAAUGUGGAGAUGAAAUGACGGCGGAGCUAGCUGCGGCAGCAUUCAACAUGGCUCUCGAUGUGGGGAUUGUUUUUCUACCACUUCCAGUCAUCUGGGGCUUGCAGAUGGAUAUACAGAAAAAAGCUGCCGUAAUGGCAACUUUUGGCUUGAGCUUGGGGAUCGCUGCAAUCAAUCUUGCUCGCAUUAUUCAGGUCUUGCGAUGCAGUCUUGCUGACUUCACAUACUGCACUGCGAAUAGUGCAAUCUUAACUGUGGCUGAGAUGGCCGUCGGUAUUAUGGUGGCCUCUGUGCCGAUGUUUGGUGCUGUCGUUUUCCCAGAGCGCCGUCGUCGUUUUAACAAAGGCUAUCGGUACGAACCAAAAAGCCAUUCAACCUUGACGCGCCUGAAGAACAGCCGACAGCAAAGCGCGACCCAAGCUAGCAUUGACACAACACUAGAUCAGAUUCUAGAGGAUGGCCAGACAAUUCCUGUCACCGAAACCAAUCAAGUCUUAUGA